CCCAGGAACUGUUCACCCUUCAGAUUCUACCUGCCAUCGAAAUGGUCUCCACGCUCUGCGCCGCAUGCAAGACGGAGCGAGCUUACAUAAAACGACCCAAGAACCAUGCAAAGCUCUGCAAGACUUGCUUUAUAUCAGUGUUUGAAGACGAGGUGCACCAUACCAUCACAUCGUCACACCUGUUUUACCCUGGGGAGAAGGUUGCGAUCGGAGCCUCCGGCGGCAAGGAUUCGACGGUCCUGGCGUCAGUGCUCAAAACGCUGAAUGAACGUCACGGAUAUGGACUGGAUCUCGUUCUCCUGAGUAUAGACGAGGGGAUCAAGGGAUACCGCGACGACUCUCUGGAGACAGUCAAGCGGAACGCGGUGCAGUACAACAUGCCGCUCAAAGUGGUCAGCUAUGAGGAGCUGUACGAUUGGACCAUGGAUCAAGUGGUUGAGACGAUCGGCAAGAAGGGCAACUGCACAUACUGUGGCGUGUUUCGCCGCCAGGCGCUUGACCGCGGCGCGAAGAAGCUAGGGAUCAAGCAUGUCGUAACGGGCCACAACGCCGAUGACAUCGCCGAGACAGUCUUGAUGAAUCUCCUUAGGGGCGACCUGGCACGUCUCUCACGGAGCACCAGUAUCGUAACAGGAGACAACCGGUCUGAGGUCAAGAGAAGCAAGCCCCUCAAAUACUCGUAUGAGAAAGAAAUUGUUCUCUAUGCUUACCAUAAGGGGCUUGACUACUUCAGCACUGAGUGCAUUUACAGCCCGGAAGCGUUCCGCGGUGGGCCCAGAAGCCUCAUCAAGCAGCUGGAAAGAGUGCGGCCGAGCGCCAUUUUGGAUAUCGUUCGAAGCGGCGAGGACAUGGCAAGACUGAUACCUGGAGACUCGCCAUCAUCCUGCGCCUGCAAGGGACAAACGUCCGCACCCAUCGCGGCUGAUGAGGACGACAUUGGUGGAUGUGGGUCACAGGGAGGACGCACAUCCGAUAAGCGGAUGGCCGCAAUUGAGAAGCAGCUGAGAGAGAACGAGGCUCACGAAGCACUCGAGAUCGAUGUUGCAAAAGUGAAGUCUGGGAGCAGCGUUGGAGAGAGAGAUAAACAAAUUGAUCUUCCUCUCAGGAACGGGAGUGGGCUUGCCAGGGGUGCUCCUAGACAGGUCCUCGGGACUUGUGUACGCUGCGGUUACAUGUCGAGCCAAGCUAUAUGCCAGGCUUGCAUGCUCCUGGAGAACCUGAAUAAGAAUAGAGCGCAGAUACAAAUCUAACAGUCUGUACAGUGCAUGAC